AUGGUUUUGCCAGAGUUUCAUGACCGGUGCACUUUCAAGCGAGAGGUUGCGAUGACCUCCCAAAAUGAAAGUUUCGACUGGCUACGUCAUUCGGUUUCCGGUCAAAUAGCCAUGUUGAGAUCUGGUUAUAGUGGCAAUUAUUGCGCAUGGCAUUCCUCAGCGAUCCAAAUCGUCGCAAUCGCAGGAAUUGGACUGGCCAACGGUCAAUUCGCCUCUGUAGGACUUUCGGGAUUCGGAAAUCCAUACGGACAACUUGGCGGCUUUAAUCAGUUCUCUCCUGUCGGUCAAUUUGGAACCAUAGGUCAAUUUGGCGGCCAACAGUUCGGAAAUCAAUUCGGACAAGGUUUCAACCAGUUCUCUCCAUUUGGACAAUUUGGAGGUAUAGGCCAAUUUGGGGGUCAACAGUUCGGAAAUGCGUACGGUGCAUACGGUCCAUACGGCAACUUUUAUCGUCAACAACGUGAAGCGCGUCGUCUUCAAUUGCAAUAUGCAAAUUUGCUAAGAGGUCAACAGUUUGGCUACGGUGGUCUUGGUGGUCUUGGUGGUUUUGGUGGUUUUGGUGGUCAAUAUGGCAUACUUGGUGGUGGGCGCGGUGGUCUUGGCGGUCUUGGUGGCCAGUUUGGUGGUCAGCAGUUUGGGCAACUUGGGGGUCAAGUAGGACUUGCAAGACCGCCGGCUGGGUACGUACUUGCUAGUUCUACAGUUGGCUUGGGCGGAGGUGGAUUUCCAAUCCGCUCUGUCGACACCUCGGGGGAUCAGAAACCUCAAGGCUCCCAGAUACAGAGAGUAGCUACGGGGCCACCCUCAGACGAGCAAAGUAACAAACCUGGCUGUCGCAGUCGAUCUUCCUCUGACGGGUCAUGGGGUCAUCCUCUCUGGUGGGGCUGGGGAGACGAUUGUGAAGAAACAAUGACAAAACCCGCCGGUGUAGCGGGAUCACAGGAACCAGUUACUGGCCUACCCAACGCUCCGCAGAGUCAGCGAAUGGCAAAUACAGCAGGUCUCCCGGCUGAGGCUUCGCCGUAUGACCCAAAGAUGCCUAUGAUGCCUUCUUACGGUCCCUUGAGUCAACCUGCAUACCAGCGAAACAUGGCACCAAUGGAAUACCAAGGACUCAACAGUAACAUCAAUGGUUUAUAUAACAGCGCAAUCCCUAUGAAUCCAUCAAAUGAGCUUGUAGGCCAUUCUGGAGGGCAAAGAAUUCCUUUUGGUCAAAUUGGUAGACCAAGCGGCGACUCCAGUCUUAUGCAAGACAACACUCCACGACCAGAAACCGCGAACGGAAUUCCUCAAACGCCUCCAGGAGUUACUCAAAGUCCCAAUGGCCCACUAGGAGUUGUCCCAGAACCAUAUCAAUCACCUCAAACCUAUGUUUCCAAUCAACCGGUGAUGAAUGCUAACCAAUUGACGGGCGUUAAGCCUAAGCAGUGA